AUGGGGAUUUCUAGGUUCUACAGAUGGAUAUCAGAAAGGUAUCCUCAGAUUAAUGAGGAAAUAUCGGAUGGAAUUACACCAUCAUUUGAUAAUUUAUAUCUGGAUGUCAAUGGAAUAGCUCACAAUAGUGUGAAUUCCACCGAAAUGUGCACUCCAAAUGAUGGUAUUAAUUUAUCUGAAAAAGGUUCUCCGGAAAUUUGGUCAGCCAUUUUUAGAUAUAUAAAUAAGCUAGUGUACAUAGUUAAGCCUAAGAAGUUACUCUAUAUUGCAGUCGAUGGUGUUGCUCCCAGAGCCAAAAUGAAUCAACAAAGAAGUAGAAGAUUUAGAUCUGCAAGAGAUUCUGAUUUGAUUAAAAACAUGGAGAAAAACAAUUCGAUUGACACUAAAAAAAAUGUUUUUGAUUCAAAUUGUAUAACUCCUGGUACAACUUUCAUGUACGAAUUACGAAUACAAUUAGAAUUUUUUAUUAAUCAUCAAAUAAAUACCGAUCCAUUAUGGAAAAAUUUGGAGGUUAUUUUAAGCGGAGCAGAUGUCCCUGGUGAGGGUGAGCAUAAAAUAAUGGAUUUUAUUCGUUGUAUUAAAUCCCAAAGAGACUAUGAUAAUAACACGACUCAUUGCUUAUAUGGACUGGACGCUGAUUUAAUAAUGCUUUCUCUUGCAUCUCACGAACCGCAUUUUUCCUUAUUGAGAGAAGAAAUAAAAUUUUCUGGCUCAAAAAAUUCUGAAAGUAGAACAGUUUGCACAAAGGAAAAGUUUCAAUUUUUGCAUAUUUCUAUUUUGAGAGACUAUAUUAUCAAUGAUUUAGAUCCGAGAAAUUUAGGAAUUGAAGAACUUAAUUUAUGUUCUGGCUACAAAACUGGACUUAAUGCUGUUUCAGAGGUUCAGAGAAAUAUUUUUGAUAACACUUUAAUAGAUGGUGAACGUUUAAUUGAUGAUUUUAUUAUCUUGGGUUUCAUUGUUGGAAAUGAUUUUCUGCCUCAUAUUCCGUUCCAUACUGUUGAUCAAGGGUUAGCGAGAAUAAUUAACAGCUAUAAAAAAUAUCUAGCCCAUUUUUUUUUACUAAAGCUAAAUAAUUCUCCAUGGAUACUUGAGGAUUGUGGUAGAAUUAAUUAUGUAAAUUUACUUCGUUUUUUAAUUUGGCAUACUUUAUCAGAAAAAGAAGAGGCUGAAAAACGUAUUUCUAACCCGAAUUAUUGGAAGGUUAUCCCUGAACAAAAUAAAACCAAUUCUGAUUCACUGGGGGUUCCAAGGUUUAUGAUUUCGGACUCUAUAGAACAAGACAAUUACAGGACAAAGUGGCAGGAAACCAGGCCCGAAAAUUUUAAAGUUUUGCGUUGGAGAUAUUAUUUUGUGAAAAUGGCAAUUAAUAUUGAUAAGUUUUUACCAGAAAAUUCAAAUCUUCUAAAUCUAGAUUUAAAAUCUAAAAUAAAUUCGGACAAAAUAAUGACUAAUUCGAUUGAAGAUAUUGUUUUUUGUUACUUAGAGGGUUUGCAAUGGGUGAGCUAUUAUUAUUUCAGAGGUGUUCCUUCUUGGAGAUGGUAUUACCCCUACAGAUAUGCACCUUUUGCAUGUGAUAUUGCUAUUAUUUUAGGUUAUUGGCUAGAGAAUAAGAACAUAUCAUCGUUAAGUAGAGACGAUAUAGCUAAAUCCAGUUCUUCUAAAUUGAUGUUUAUUCAUUCAAUGUAUUCCGAAGAAAUUAAACUGAAUGGGUUGGCAUUUCGGUUUAUUAAAGGAAAUCCGUUACAACCAUUUGAGCAGCUUAUGGGGGUACUCCCUUCGAAUAGUAAGGAACUUUUACCCAAACCAUUUAGAAAACUAUUCGUGAAUCCAAAUUCACCAUUAUUAAGUUUUUAUCCAGUUAAAUUUGAAGUUGACAUGGAAGGUGUGAAAGUUCCAUGGGGUGGCGUAACAUUGAUUCCUUUUAUAGACGAAUUUCUUCUAUUGAGUUCAAUCACAUAUGUUCUUUCAAAUGAUGGAUUUUACGACUCUGACUUUAAAAAUUUUGUAAUUAAGCAAAAAAAUAAUUACGAAAUCGAACUAAAAAAUCGUUAUGUAUUUUAUGUUAACAAAGAUGAAUUAGAUAAUUUAAUAGAUUUUAACAGCAAUACUCUCUCAUCUAUUAUUAAUAAUUCGAAAUUUUUAGAAAUUGAUGACAUAAUGAGGAACCAGGAAGGGAGUCCACAUAUUUUUUAUUUUGAUAACUGUGCAUUACCAGUUCCAAAGAUUGAAAGCAAAGUUGCAUCAUAUUUGCCUUCCAUUAUUAAUUCGAAAGUUGUUUCAAAAUCAUUUUAUCAUCCAUUUUUUCCUGAUGGCGUAUCAAACUUUCCUAAUUAUUUGCUUGAAAAUACCAUAAUACCUUUUGACGGAUUCCCAAAUUUUUGCAGAAUCCCUUACAAAACAUAUUAUAAUACUGGGAUAAAUGUUUUUGGAACUGAAAGUAGUAGUGAAUCAAUUUUUUUUUCAAUAUCUUCAUCUCAUGUUUUAAAAGAUUUUUUAAAUCAACUUUUUUUACCUUAUAUUCAUACCAAAAAUCCUGGUAUAAGAAUACUUGUUGACUAUCCAAGAGUUAAGGUUGCUGAACUGGUUUCAAUAAAGACUUUCAAAUAUAUAAUAAGGCCAAAGCUAUUGACAAAACCUGACAUUGAACCUAAUAACAAUCCUAAAGAUUUUAUUCGUUUGUUAUCUAAUGAACAUUUAUUUCUAAAGAAACGAGGAAUUGUUCUUACUCCCUCAAAUUCAAUUGAUAUUGACGAAGCAUUACUUUCUAUUUCGAAACUAGUUAAAGUCAGGGAUUUUGUAGACUCGAAAGAUUUUGAGGUCGGAUUGAAGGAUUUAUCUGAUCCAAUUAACUGUCUUGUAGAGGUUAAAGUUGCUGAGAAUAGCUACACUAAUGAAAGUGGUGAGAUUGAAUUUAAUUUUUCAAAGGUUUCAAGACACUAUUUACUACCACUAAUAGUAUUGUAUUCAGAUUUGAAAGGAAAAGAAAACAAAUGUUUUAAACAGUUUAAUGAAAUAAAUUUAGGCGACAAAUUCCUUUGUAUAAACAAGCAAAACCCCAACUAUGGAUAUGUUGGAACAGUUGUAGAUGAAGUUCAAAAGUUAGCAGUAUUUCAACUCCCAAAGAACAAAAUUAAAGUAGAACAGAUUCAAAAAAGAAUUUUCGAAUAUGCUUUGGAAGAUUUAUCUUCUAUACAGUGGUUUUCCAUUGAAGAUGUAGCGAAAAUAAUUUAUAAGCCUUUGUUAAAUUGUUUAAUGGUAAAUUGUGGUUUAGAUGAUACUACAUCUCUUAAAUAUAUGAGUUAUUCGACGUUCUUUCUCAAGAAAUUAAUUAUGGGGUCGAUUCAAGUGAAGUGCAAUGACAAUACUGUGCAUGAAAUAUCCAUGAACCUUUUUAAAUAUGAUAGCAAACUAAAAAAUAGGUUUUAUCUACCACUUUACAGUAAAUUCGUGGAUAAAAAUUCAUUUAUUACAUCAUCAAAUACUAGUGUGGAUUUUGGGACUCCUAUUGUUAGCAACGAAACAAUAAAAUCCUUGAUAGAAUACUUGGAAUUAUUUCCUUGCUUUGUUUUGGCUAUUUUCAAAGGCUUAUUAUUAUUUGAUCGAGAAGAAUUAAUUGAGGCAAACACAAAUUUACAAGAACCUAAUGAAAUUCACUUAAAAGUUGAUAUUGACAGUAUUAAUGGAAAAGUUCAAUACCAACAGAAUAAUAUGAAGAAAAUACAUGUUAAAGACAUUUUCCCGGAUUUGGUCAGUUCAAAAGAUCAGGAUUUGAAAUUCAGUCUAUUGAUGAAGAUAAUUAAGGGUAAACUAUACAGAAAUGUACCAUUUUUAUCUUCUCAGACGAAUUCAACAACAAUGCUUCCCUCAACAAUUUCAAGAUUGGAAAGAUUAGUUUUGAAUUCUCAAGUUGAAACUAAUACAAGGUAUUUUGAUUCAUCAAAGUUAUUUAACAAUGAAUAUUUUCACCAGCCGGGAAACUAUUUUAACUCAAGCAUGAACAAGGUAGUUUCAAGGUUUGGAUAUCCAUUGGGAACUAGGGUGGUUUAUACAAAUACAAACAAUGGAUUAAUACCUUUUGGAACAACUGGGACUGUUGUAUCUGUAUAUUAUGGUGUAAAGGUUAAUAAGGAACCUUAUCCUUCAACAGUUCUUGAUAUUUUGUUGGAUGAAACACAAAUUAAUGCAAAUAAUUUAAAUGGGAUGUGCUCUAAAUUAAGAGGUAUCAGCAUUAAAUCUUCAGAAUGCAUUCCUCUAUUGCCACAUAUUCAGAAUAUUAAAGAUGAGAAUCAAAUAGAAAUAAUAAGUAAACAUUUAAAAUAUUUUGAUUCUUUAUUUAACACUAAAAAUGAAAAAAACAAAAAAAAGGGCGAUAAUUGUAAUGAUUAUUGGUUAGAAAAUCAGAAUUCUAGUUCAAAAGAAACAGGGAAAAACAACUUAUCAGUAAAAGACAAAAAUUUUAAAAUUAGAAUAAACAAAAAGAACAAUAAGCACUCAGAUCUAAAUGGUCAAAAAGUAAAGAGAACGCUUGAAUUGAGAAGAGAAAAUUUGGAUGAAAAGUCCAUAGCUAGUGAAUUGAAGUCAUUAUUGUCAAUUGACAAUAAAAAAAGAUACGAAUUUAGUCAAUCCAAUUUAAGUGAACUUGAUAAAAAGACAAAUGAUGGAAAUUUCAGUGAGCUGAACGGCAGAAAAGAAGUGGCAGAUUCUUUGGAGUUUAGACUUAAGCAAAUACUGAAAAUUACUUAG